AAAAUGGAGCAGCAUAGUGAGUCUGAACAAGUUGAGCCAGUUUUAAGAGAUGAAAAAGUUGUUUUAAGGGCAGAAAAUGAGUGACUGUUGGCAUGAAAGUAUCAAAGAUCCAAUCUUUGUGGUGACAAGAAUUCCAUAGAUCUAAUAUGAGGAAUGAAUGAUCAGAGAGAGUCUAAUUGCUUGAAGGAGUGCAAGCUUAAGUCAAGAACUGAGUUAUACAAGGCUGUUUUGACAUUCCAUUUGUCUAAAAAGAAGAAACUGAAUAAAUACGCUGACAGUGUUGCAAGUUUUCAAGGCAUCCCGAUUUACUAUUUUGAGUUAUGUUAUGGCAGAUGGGGAGACUGUCAACAAUUUCUCAGCUUUAAGAGAUUUGCUCCAUCCAUGUACCGCCUGAUUCCAAAUAUCACUAUGACUCUCAUCUUAGAUUCAUUUAAGAUCACACAAAAACAAUUAAUUAGGGUCUUCUCAUAUAUAAAGCAUCUCGACAUUUUCAGACUUUCAUGCUGAUAUCUUGAGCCGAUCACUGAUAAAUUUGUCUUUCAAAAACAACAAAGCCUAGAUGAACUUGUCUUUGAGAACAAUCUUAGUUAUAAAGGGCAAUUCUUAAGAGCAAAUGGACCUGAACUAAGGUCAAUUUUCAGAAUGAUAUCCAACUCAAACUUACAAAAAUCUCUCACAAAAAUAUGUCUAAUCCGUGAUGCAAAUUUUCUUCCAUCCUCUUAUCAGCCACACACCAACACGACCACCUUUGAACCUGACACCUCCCUACUCCAAUUAGAGUACAACCUGCCACACAUCAAAUUCGAGUUCAUCCUCGACUUCUAACCACCUAAACCCCUCAAAUAUCAGUAAAAACUAAAACAUUUUCAA